AUGUUACAUCGUCGCCGAUUCAACUCGCUAUCCAGCAACGAGAACCGUCGCGCUCCUCCAAGCUUUGCCUUCACUCCUCCCCCUUAUUCUCAUGCUUCAACAUUCCGCUCUUUACAAAUUGUUCUUCGGGUGUGGAGUCCUUCUGUGAAGGCGCGGGAGGGGAUUGGUCGCGAAAAUAGGGAACUUGAACCACUGUUUGGUGAAGGCGACCGCGUUACUGGGGCGGUGACACUAGACCCGAGUUGUGUUCAGCCUGGACGCUUGACGGUAACGCUGGAAGGGACCUUCACAUUUUUCCCGCCUGCCGCUGGAUCGGUGAUGAAUUAUGAGACUCGGAAGCAUACAUUUUUCUCCACCUCAACGUCCUUCCAACUGUCUUCUUCCUCCGAUGGCACGUCUCGUUCGACUUUCAGAGAAGUUUUUGCUAGUAGCCUGCGACGGCGCCCGAGCAUCUCGAGCUUGAACAUCAAUUCGACACCAUCUAUUGUGGAAAGGACCUACCCCUUCUCUUUUGACCUUCCUCGCAGCUGUCGUAGUGGAGAGGAGAUUCCACCAACUUUCUAUUCGUCGAAGCAUGCAGCAGGUUCUCCGGCAUCGACCUCGCGUGCUGCAUCUUUUUCGGUUGAGUACAAGAUCUUGGUGACUUGGGACCCGACGGCGGCCUAUGAAUAUCCAUCAUUUCUUGAAGCACCUAUUCUUUAUCAUCCUGAUGUUGAUUUUCAGUCCCUGGAUGGUCUGGGUGACCAAGGCUCCUGGCUGGAAAUGCCUUUGCGAACUGACCGGCCGGUUCCAUUCCGGUGUGCUAUUACACUGCCAACAAAUGUUACUUUCCCUCGUUCUUCUUCACUUCCAUAUUUCGUCGUCUUCACUACCAUGCCUCGAUCACUGUCCUUGACGCGGGAGAUUGCUUCAGAUGCGACGAUAUCUGUUUCGCUCGUACGCCAGGUCACCAUCACCGAGUCGCCAGCACUGCCCCCUACUCCACCACAGACCCCCAGUACAAGCGACGAAGAUGGUUCUCGCAAUGGCAUUCGGUUUAUCAGACUCGUGAAGAGUUCAUCCCCUCUCAUCAGUCGUGGAAACAAAGCUGUUGAUGAGAGUGUAGAGGGGCGCCGAAGGAAACCUCUCCCUCAGCUCCCUUCACAAGCUGUCUUUUCCGAAUCAAGUUCUGUCUACUCAAGUAUAUGUAUUGGGUUCCCCAAGCGCCCAAGGCAUCAUCGUAGCACCUCGAACACGCAUCCGUCACUGCAGGACCAUGCAACCCUUCCGGACGGGUUGCAUAAAUCUAAAAUAAUACUGGAUAAGGAUAUGCUCCCGUCCAUUGAUUGGGUGGGAUUAAGCGUCAAGUACUUCUUGGAUAUAUCUAUUCUCGUCGGUCAAGACGAGGUUCGUGACCGUAUUCCAAUACGUAUCAUCUAG